AUGCUCCCAAGCGAAGGUCCCUUUCAUCGUCAUCAUUACUCUUGCAGGAUUAAAGAGCGGCAACGAGGAAGCGAAUUCGACCAAGCUCGUUCCCCCAGCUCCUUCAUCCCCCGCAAAAUGUCCGCCGACCUUGCGCACACAAUAAAUCCUGACCAGGCGACCUUUCUCGGGUUCGGCCUCGAAGGCAUCUUCUACGGAAAGUCUCUCCGGGUCCAUCUCCUCCUCUUCGGCACGGCUGCGUUCCUCUUCUGUCGCCCUCGGGUGUUGAAGAACCACACAAUCAUUCCCAUCAUCUUCGCCACGAUUAUACUGCUAGCGCUGUGCACGAUUCACUUCGCGUUGAAUUUUGAUAACGUGUAUGUUUCAACUAUGGUUUCUCCACGGCCUCAUAUCUCUGGCGAGACGCACAAGCUUAUUGUGGCGGACUCAUCAUUCAUUCUCGCUGACUUCGUCGGGCAACUGGUGUUGAUCUAUCGUUGCUAUCUGGUCUGGGCACAGAAUGUUUGGAUCAUCAUCCUCCCCUUUCUGAUUGCCCUCGGUGCCCUCGGUAACGUGUGGAAUGUCCGUUACAGGGAUUGUUAUGAAAAUCAGUCCCACUGGAGAACAAGUCCCUACGGCCCUCGUGCCCAUGGGCGACGCGACAUUUUCGCUCUCGAUCAUCCUCAACUUCAUCACUUCGGCGCUGAUCGUCGGCCGACUCUGGUGGAUGACACGCGGGCUCGACAACUCCGUCCUCUCGAAAACGCGCUCCACGGGCGGCAACGCGCAGACUCUAGCACAGCGCGCGACGGGAUCAUCAUCGAGAGCGGGGCGCUCUUCCUCGUCGUCCAAUUCAUCUUCAUCGUCUUGUUCGCGAUCGGUCACCCUGCGCAGGCGCUGAUGGAGCCGAUCGCCGUGCAGGUCUACGCAAUCGCACCGCUGCUCAUCGUCGUGCGCGUCGCAACAGGAAACUCCUACGAACAGACGACGACCACCUCUCUCGGCUCAUCAAAUCCGACGCGUGAAACCCGCUCCACGCUCAAUUUCACCGCGCCCAAGGUCCACAAAGUGACAGAGACGAAGUCCAGCGUGUCUGAUUCAGAAUUCGAGAUGGGCCCUGCGUUUGCGAGGGGACUGACGAGCCUGUCUGAAAGCGAAAGUGUCUAAUCUGUCAUUAUUGCUGUAAUUCAC